GUUUCAGUGGAUGAGGAUGGAAAUUGAAAGACACCUAGCGGGAAGCUGUGAGCAGCCCAUUCAGAUGGUCAGACUUGCCAGACCGCCCGCUGGCGCGCUGAACGCACUGGGUCAACUGGACCAGCCAGGGGCAGCUGGACCCCCGAUCUGGGCACGAUGUAUGGCUCCCGUAUCUCCCAAGUCACGGCAGGCGAGGGAGACACGCAGGCGGCCGUUAUGGAGGGGAGGGGCACUCUUCAUAUUGCAAACCCACUAUCAUCUGUCCGCUACCUUCCUCUCCUUCUCCUCUUCCCUUCCAUCAACCCAACCAACACAUCCACACCAUCCUCACAAACUGCCCUUUUCGCACUCGAGAUACCCGUCAACUCGCAACAUCGCGCUCUUCUAAUCUCACCUUUCCACCACACAAACACAUAAUACCGACACAAUGGACCGCAUCAAGGAGAAAAUGAACCAGCUCCGCCUCGAGGCUGACGAGGCUUCGGCUAAGGUCGAGGAGCUCCAGUCCAAGAUCAAGGUCCUCGAGCAGGAGAACCUUCAGAAGGAGCAGGAGAUCACCUCCCUCUCCCACAAGAACAGCGUGCUAGAAAGUGAGGUGGAAAAGCUCGAGACCCAGGUUAAGGAAUUCAAGAGCGCCGCCGAGGAUGGCGCGCAACAAGGCACUCAGAACGAGACGCUGACACGGAGACUUCAACUUCUUGAAGAGGAGGCCGAGGAGGCUGACAAGACUCUCCGCGAGACCAACGAGAAGCUUCGCCAGACCGACGUCAAGGCCGGCCACUUUGAGCGCAAGGUUCAGGCCCUCGAGCAAGAGCGCGACCAGUGGGAGUCCAAGUACGAGGAGAUGGCCAAGAAGUAUGCCGAGGUACAGAAGAGCUUGGAAGAGUUCCAGGCCGAUAUUGCCAACAUCUAAGUUGGUCAACGGAUGCAGUCGGAACAUGGUGGAAAUCCCUUUCUUUACGUUUGUUCACAGCGUCACCGCAUCGAUAAUAUCAGCCUGACCCUUUAUGCCGUUUGUCCUCGGGUUGUCGAGUAGGGAGAUAAGACGGACAAACCAAGCCGUCAU